AUAAAGAACUUCUCCGUCUUUCCAACCGUCUCAGUUGUCGGUGAGGCCGGCGGGGCGGAUCCCACACUAGAGUAAAGGAGAGAAAAAAGCAACACAACAACAAAAAUAAUAAUUUGGCCUUUUCGUUAAUUAAGCUAACAAGUUCCCUUUUGGAUAUAUAUCAGCAAGAUGCCCUCAGCAAUGAAUGCAAGUAGAACGGUGCAAUCUGCCAGCCCAGACUUGGGAUCCGCUCCAGGGUUAGCAGGCAAUUUUGCACUCGGUGGACAGUCAGACGUCUUGAAGCAAGUGCUGUGUGUCCUCGACAAGAAAGCUCGCAACAUGGAGAAAAAAAAGAGCAAACUGGAUGAUUAUAAGCUCAGGAAGAAUAAAGGGGAAAGUCUCAAUCAGGACCAGUUGGAGGCCCUCUCCAAGUACCAAGAAGUCAUGAACAACUUGGAAUUUGCCCGAGAGUUGCAGAAGGCGUAUAUUACUUUGGGACAAGAUAUCCAGAAGGCGGCAAAGAAGUCUGCGCGGCGGGAGCAGCUGCAGCGAGAGGAGGCAGAGCAGAAAAAGCUUAAGACUGUUCUGGAGCUGCAGUUUGUCCUGGAUCGGCUGGGUGAUGACACGGUACGGCAGGACCUGAAGCAGGGGGUUGGCAGCUCACCGCUGCUGACAGACACAGACCUCGCAGCUUUUGAUGAGUUCUACAAGUUGGUGGGACCAGACCGUGAUCAGAACAUCAGGUUGACUGAUCAGUAUGAAGAAGCGUCUGUGCACCUUAGGGAGCUGCUGGAAGGGAAGGACAAGCCAGUGGUUGGAACAACAUACAAGGCACUGAAAGAGACUUUGGACCAGGUUCUGCUGAGUGGGUACUUUGACCGGAUUCCCUCUCACCAAAAUGGAGUGUGUGAGGAAGAAGAGGAGGAAGAGUCAGUCGCAGGAGCAGUUAUGGCAGCAGUAGCUGAGUCGUCGGAGGCAGAGGAGCAGGCAGUCGAUCAAGAAACUGAAGUAAUUGAAGAAUUUACCGAGACCAUUACAUUUGAAACAACAGAAUUUGUAAACAGACAGUUCAUUCCAGACAGCUCUUACAGUGGCAGUGAAAAAGAGCAGGGGGAUGAGUGGACCAGAGAAACUGAGGCUGUAAGUGCCUUGCAGCAACAGCAACCUGUACAGUCUGCAACUCCCCCCGUUCCUUUGGAGACUCACCCUGUAAACCUAACGUCGCCUGUUCCACCUUCUGACCCUCUGGUCCGAAAACAAGUAGUGCAAGACCUAAUGGCGCAGAUGAAGGGACCAUACAACUUCAUGCAGGACUCCAUGUUGGAGUUUGAUGGAACGCCCAUUGAUCCAGCCAUUGUAUCAGCGCAGCCAAUGAAACCUGCUCAGACCAUGGACGUACCACAGAUGGUUUGUCCACCAGGUCACCCUGAUCCCCGGCCGAUCCAGCCCAACUCUGUUCCUUCUCAACCUGAGCCCACACAAGUCCCCAUCGUUUCCCCAACACCACCCCCAAUGUAUCAGACCUCACACACGCCAGAUCCUCGACCCCCAACAGAAUCCAUUGAUCCCAUCCAGACUUCCAUGUCAUUGUCGUCAGAUCAGCCUCCCCCUUCCACAGCUCUCCCUCCCGCCUCUCAGACGCAGGUCUUCCAGCCUGUUUCCAAAGUUCCUCACAGCAGUGGCAUCAAUGUCAAUGCAGCUCCAUUCCAGUCAAUGCAAACAGUGUUCAACCUUAAUGCUCCAGUCCCACCGGCCAGUGAGACGGAGGCCUUAAAUCAGGUCGGCCAGUACCAGAACAGCUACAAUCAGGCCUUCAGCAGCCAGUCACAGCAUUCUGUAGAGCAGACGAAGAUGCAGCCAGAACAGCUACAGUCUGUCGGUGCCUUCCAGGAGCAGUCUGGAGGCCAUCAGCAGCCUACUCAGCAGGGCCCAGGUUUUGGCAGGCAGGCCCAGUCCUUUUAUAACAGCAGAGGCAUGUCUCGCGGCGGAGCCCGAAACACCCGGGGCAUGAUGAACGGCUACAGAGGCUCCACCAAUGGAUUCAGAGGUGGUUAUGAUGGUUAUCGCCCUGCUUUCGCCAGCACUCCCAACUCCGGAUAUGGACAGACCCAGUUCAGCACACCUCGUGACUACUCAAAUGGAAAUUAUCAAAGGGACGGUUACCAACAGAACUACAAGCGAGGAGCCAGCCAGGGAGCCAGAGGAGUCUCGAGAGGAAGCACUCAAGCAAUGCGAUCCUGAAAUGGCCUUUAAUCGUGACUGUGACUGAAGAAUCUGCACCACACUGAAAAAUUAAAACCCAUGAAUGCAUUAGCCCCAGCUCACUUUUUGCUUUCUUCUAUUUGUUCUCCAUCAGUCUUUUAUUCCUUCAAUCCAAGUUCAUGCCCGUUUUUAUUUAAAAAAUAAUAAACAAUUUAAAGGUUAAAACACAAGGCGAGCUGUAGAUCCAAUCAUUGGGUCACACAGGCCAUGUGCUCCAAUACUCCUGUAAACUUGAAAGAUUUCAUAGGUUAUAUAUAUUUUUUUUAUUA